AUCGACGUACAGUCCAGCUGCAGCUUACCCCGCCCAUCGGUUUCCCCCAUUUCGGAUGGCCGGAGCGAGAGCUACCGAGGAAUGGGAUAAAGCCUCUAGAGCAAAGCAAUAAUAUGACAAGGAUAGAAGACAGGAUAGGCAAGUAACCCUCACAUAACAUUGUAGUAGCAAUGAUGAUCAGCAUGGAAGAUGGACACGUCGCGAGCAACAUAGCCGGCCUGGCCUCGCUGCUGCCGGGAUUGUUCAAAGAUUGGGCUAUUUUUUUAACAUUAUUGGGCAUUGCCCUCCUCUGUAUUUGGGCUGUGUAUUCUCUCACGUUGCACCCAUUGGCAAAGUUUCCCGGACCAAAAUGGGCGGCAAUAAGCCAGGUAUUCUACUGUCGCAUGUCAAUGAGUGGGAAAAUACAUCUCCAAUUAGAGGAAUUGCAUCGUCAGUAUGGGGACGUAGUCCGGAUCGCUCCUAACGUACUGUCCUUCGCCACGGCAUCAGCCUGGAAAGACAUCUAUAACACUACUGGCAGCGGCACAUUUAUCAAGUCUACUUUCUACAGAGUGGCCAAUUUCGAAGCGUCCGAUAUCAUUGGCGAAUCGGACAUCAACGAACACGCGCGGAUGCGCAGACUCUGGGCAUUUGGGUUCUCAGCUAAGGCCUUGAUCGCGCACGAGGAGCUUGAGCAGCGAUGUGUGGAUAUGCUGCUCACCCAGAUUCAAAGGUUCGGAAGCAGUCCGCAGGGCAUGAACGUCGUGGAUUGGUUCAAUUACCUCACCUUUGAUAUCAUGGGGGAGCUGGUAUUUGGAGAGUCCUUUAGGGCGACGGAGAAGGGGACUUCGGCGUUCUGGAUCAGUGUUAUACUGGGGAAUAUGCAGGCAGGGGCGAUCAUUGAUGUCUUGAGACGGUUUGGCAUGGUAUUGGGGUUCAAGAAGGUAUUCGAACUUCUGCCGUUUGAGAAGAUCAAGAACAUGAAGCAGCAUACACAAAUUACAAGAGAAAUGGCUGCAAGACGUCUGGCGCGUCCCAAGGCUGAUUCGCGAACUGACUUUCUUUCUGCUAUGCUGGAGAAUGCUGGUCAGGGAGUAAUCUCGACUGAAGAGGUCGCAGCACAAGGGCAGAACCUGGUUAUUGCAGGAAGUGAAACCACUGCGACAACUUUAUCGGCAGCUACAUAUUUCAUCCUUAAGCAUCCCGAGGUCUACGCCAAAAUGCGGGACGAGAUUCGCUCGCGGUUCAAAGGUUUUACUGAGAUCACUUCCAGUUCUGUCGGCCAGCUGCCCUACUUUCACGCCGUCCUCAACGAAACAAUGAGACUCUACCCCCCGGUGCCGUUUGGACCCCCUCGAAUUUCUCCGGGGGCAUACGUAGAUGGCCACUAUGUCCCUAAAGAGACAGAGGUCUCGGUUCACGCAUGGACCACCAACCGCGACCCCCGACUUUUCAGUGACCCUACGAGAUUUGAUCCCGAAAGGUGGCUGGAUCCUAACAUGGACGAUAAGUCAGCCUUCUUCCCAUUUCUGCUGGGCCCGCGAGCGUGUUUGGGACAAAACCUGGCGUUCAGGGAACUGCGUCUGGUACUGGCCAAAGUCCACUUCGUGUUCGACUGCGAGCUGGUCAAUAAGGAUGUGGACCUCGAACGGGAGUCGUUGAACUAUAUUCGCUGGCAGAAGCCGGAUAUUAAUGUCCGAUUCGUGCCGAGACAAAGUCGACGAUAGCGUAGUAUGGCGUGGUCAGAGUGACGCGAAUGUGUGCGAAAUUGGUUAUUUUCCCAUAGAUUAGUGGAAGAGAGGGAGGGCACACACGUCCGCUUCAAUGCGAUCGUCCGGGGCUUCUGUCCGUGGCCUCGGAGGAUUCAAUUAACGGAUGUCCAUUCGCUUCUUCCCUUUCAGGCUCUCCGAGGGAUGUUCUCGGGGUACAACCCCAUAGAAACAACAAUAUAUAUAUAUAUAUAUGAAU